CACUUAUUCUUUUUUUAUUAUCAUGUCUCAAUAUAAACUUAGCGAAGCUCAAACUGCAGCUUUGAAUACUAUUGUUAGUCGCUUUCAUGUCUCUGGUGAAACCUUGAAAAAGAUUACUGAUCAAUUUGUUCAAGAAAUGGAAAAGGGUUUGGAUCAUGAGGGAGCUACGAUCGCCAUGAUUCCUUCUUUUGUCUCUGGUCGUUGUACUGGUGAAGAAAAGGGUCACUUCAUGGCUCUUGACUUGGGUGGAACUAAUUUACGUGUCUGUCAUGUCACUCUGCUGGGUAACGGUGAAUAUACUAUUCGUCAGCAGAAAUACAUUGUAUCAGAAGAACUCAAGAUUGGUCCCAUGCGUAUUCUCUGUGACUUUAUCGCUGACUGUGUCGACAGUUUCUUGACCGAACAUGGUACCGAAGACAGUCAAGAAAUCAUCCAACUUGGCUAUACUUUCUCUUUCCCUGUUCUCCAGACAAGCAUUAACCGUGGUGUGCUUAAGCAAUGGACCAAGGGUUUUGCAUGCUCUGGUGCUGUCGGCCGUGACGUUGCUAUCCUCUUGCAAGACUCAUUCCGUCGCAAAAACCUGAACGUGAACAUUGCUGCUAUUGUUAAUGACACAGUGGGUACUCUCAUGGCUCAUGCGUACAAACAUCCAGAAACAACCAUGGGCGUCAUCCUCGGUACUGGUUUCAAUGCUGCUUAUUACCAAGAUAUGUCAACGGUCCCAAAGUGGAAGGGAGAUAAGAAUCAGGAAAUGGUCAUUAAUAUGGAAUGUGGUGCAUUUGAUUGUGAAAGAAGAGUGCUACCAUUGACUAUCUAUGAUAACAAGAUGGAUCGUGAAUCACUGAACGUUCAUCAACAGCUUCAUGAAAAGAUGGUUGCCGGUAUGUAUCUCGGUGAGAUCACGCGUAAUGCUCUGCUUGACUUGGUUGAUCAGCAGUUAUUAUUUAAUGGAAACUCUUCCAAAGAACUUAACAAGAACUGGAGCUUUGAGACUGCUUACAUGUCUACAAUCGAGGUAGAUGAAACACCCGAAUUGACAGAUACAGCACACAUCCUCGAGUCCGUUCUCAAUAUCCCUAGCACAACAUUAGCUGAUCGUCAGAUUGUGAAAAAGGUCUGUAACGCAGUUGGUACACGAGCAGCCCGUAUCGCCUGCUGUCACAUUGCUGGUGUCAUGACAAAGACGGGUAAAGUGGGGGAAGAAUGCGUGAUUGCCAUUGACGGAUCAUUAUUCGAAUUUUACCCCAACUUUGAAAAGAACAUGGGUGAUGCAUUGGCUGAAGUCCUUGGUGAGCAGGCUCGUUCCAAGGUUAGAUUUGAACUUGCCAGAGAUGGCUCAGGUCUUGGUGCAGCUAUUAUUGCAAUGAUUGCUUCAAAACAGUAAAUAAAUAGAAAAAAGAAUGACUCUUGCAUAGCCCAAUAAGAAGUAUUCAUUUGUCCCGUUUUUACCAGUGUUUUCCGUGUAACUCUGAUAAUAUGUUUGCCACCCAGGGGUUAUUAAUAUAAUACGCGUCAUUCUCAGAAAGGUUCUUUCUCUUGUAUGUUCUGUGGUACGUAAGAAAGCUAGAUGUAUCUUUGAAUAUUGUAGAAAACAAAGCGAUAUUUACAGUCGAAGGAGAACUAACACUACCUGUAACACAAGAGAUACUUAUGUAAGCAAUAGCUGUCUUUUUUCUACUACCUUGAGCCAAAUAAGCCCUGUUAUGGUAUUGGAAUAGUAACCCUAUAAAAAAGAAGUUUAUAUUCAUACUUGAACAGGCGACCCAAGCCAAGCCGUAUACAACGAUUAUGAUUAAAGUGAUUUUUUAGC